AUGGCUUCGAGCUCUUCCAGAACAGUCGAGUUAACCAACUCGCAGGAUGCCCCUUCUCAAAGGCUUUUCCUUUUAGACAUGCCUGUUGAAGUCGUAGAAAGAGUUUUCAAAUAUCUCGACAGAGAUGGGCUCAAAAAAGUUGCUUGCUGCAGCUCAGCAACCCGCAACAUCGCAUACCCAAUCCUUCACCGCUCCUUGUUAAUGAAGUUCCAUCACGAAGAGCCAAUCACCAAGAAUAGCUGUGGCCUGACUCCGAAAUUUGUGGAGUAUAUACUUACAGUAUUGUCGAAAGAAACCAUGAGCUACUAUCGACAUAUAAAAACAACCUCAACUUUUGAGACACACCGUCGUAUACGCCCGGGUAUAGACAAUGUGUACUACAGAACCAUCACUACUAGGAAGCUGAUGACCGCAAUGGAUGAUAUCAUGUUGAGAAUCAUUCUCGCGAGGCUCCAGAGGGAUCAACUACUCACCAUUAAGUUUGGAAAUUCAACAUCUGUUCGAACUCUCAUCUUCAUUCUAAGCGGCCAGGGUCGACUCAAAGAGCUUUCUCUCGGCGACCUCGGAUCCUACACUGACCUCUCUGAAGGCUACUGCAUCCCAGCCAUAAUCUUCAAACCCACCGAAAACAGACUCACUGUUCUGGAAAUGGGUAAUAUUCUCCAGGGAGCCGCCUCCACAGUCCUCAAAAUCAUCCAUCAAGGCUCCGCCACAUUGAAAAAACUGCGAUUUGGCAAUACCAAUCAUCAGGGUAUGCCUCGUUUCCCAGAAUGGAAAGCGACGACACACGAUUUCUUUUCGGGGAAACUGGAUAAUCUUUCCUUUAGAGUGAUCCAACUCGCAGCCCUCGUGCAGCUGCAUAUUGUUCACGACCGCCAAUUCUCCAGCUUUGCAGGUGUCCUAGCUGAUAUGAUCACCGGAUGUGUCAGAUUAACGCGCGUGAGAUUAUCUGGCUGCACUGGCUUUUCCAAACUUGUUCGCCUCUUGGAAGCCGCGGGGGCCCGUAUCGAAUCUUUGCAAAUCUGUGAAUGCAAUAGAAUAGAUGCUGACCCCGAUGGUAGCAAACCCGAUGAUUGGUCGGAUGAUGAGGAUGCCAGAUCGUGCGUUCCUCGUGGGUAUACUCUCCCAUAUAUGGAUACCAUUCACACACUUCAGUUGACGGGUUACUCACACCCAGACAAUGAACUACCCGAAAUGUAUUCAUUUGUCAAUAAGAAACAGAUCCAAAGACUCUGGGUAGGGUGUCAACUACCUGAACGGGAUCCUCUGAAAUGUCCUUCGACGUGGGGUCUUCUCAAGAACACAAAGCUCACCGAGACGGUUAUUUUCGCCAGCACUAACUGGCAGCUCCUCCGGGAGCUUGCCAUUCCACACCCAGGGCCACUUAUUAGUGAGCUUCUAUUCUUGAAAUCUUUGAGAGUCCUUCGUCUCCUCAAAUGGAAACCAAGACCACCAGAGGCUCGACGCUACUCAACCCAUCAGCGUCGCGAUGUUGAAAUCACUCGGGAGGUGAACGGCCUACUUGCUCAUUUCGCCGAGGGUCCGGCCACUACACCGCCAUCAGUAAGGCUCCUUAUCGUCGACAAACACUACGGUCAUAACUACUGUAGCCGGGUUGUAAACCCUAACCCGUGCUAUCUCGCAGUGGGGGCAUACGUGGAGCGAUUUUAUGAGGGUAGCGAUGAGGUUGACCUUUAUAGGCCGCUCGUCAAACCCAUUGAUUUAAAUACGACCCUAAAGCUUUGCCUGCAAAAUGGGUGUUCAACAUACUUACUGGCCCCCGGGCCUCCUUCACCCGAGAGAUUCUGGGAAGAUGCUUACGGCCUAGUCAAAGACCCAUCUUGA